AUGCUUGCCGCCUCUCGCCUCUACAUUAAGAACUUCGCUCUUCUGGCCCGGGGCCCAGGCGCCAGACCCGCCAAGCCCAGGCUCUUCUCUUCACAGGCAAUGCCCAAAAAACCCACGGGCAUCAAGGCCUUGGUGAAAGAAUACGGCUACUCUGCCUUGGGCGUAUACCUCACGCUCAGUGCGUUGGACUUGCCCGUGUGUUAUUUGCUCGUGCACUCCAUGGGCAAGGAGGAGAUCGAACGGUACGAAAACCAGGUGAAGCAGUAUUUCGGGUUCGGCAAGCUGGACGCUGAGCUCCGGGAGAUCCAGCAGAUCAACAAGUUGGAGGAGGAGCACCAGGACAAGAUCUCCGCCGCGUCCGAGAAGAUGCCCAUGUUCUCGUGGUUCUCGUGGACAGAGUUUGCCAUUGCGUACGGGAUCCACAAGUCGGUGUUCAUUUUUGUGCGGUUGCCCUUGACCGCUGCGUUCACGCCCACCAUUGUGAGGGGCUUGCGGAGCUGGGGCUUCAAGAUCGGAACAGAUAGGCUCGCCACCACGGCCAGCUUGGCCAAGAACACCAUCACCAACACGGCGGCGAGCCCCCGGCUCGGCACCAGGCCAACGAAGAAGAACAAGUGGUUUUGGUUCUUUUAG